ACGUCACAUCCUUCCCGUGAUGCUUAGCGAGCCCCAAAUUGAACACUCGGCAAAAGAAAACAAUUGUGUUUUACAGGCUCUGUUUUAAAGAGUCAAACGCACAAAACAACACAUUUACACUGGGAUCGGACACCGAUAAGAAACACAAGUCAACGGUGCGUAACGGGAAGAGUUCCUCCGGGCACGGCAUCAUGGAUCAGGACUAUGAGUGCAGGCUGCUCAGGCAGAUCAACAUUCAAAAUGAGAACGCAAGCCCCAUAAAAGCGGUAGGAGCGGCGCGAGCUCUGACACCCACCAGCUCCCCCCUGUCCUCCCCUAGCAAGCACGGCGACCGCUUUAUUCCCUCCCGGGCCGGAGCCAACUGGAGUGUCAACUUCCACCGCAUCAAUGAAAUUGAAAAGUCGCACAAUCAAAACAGAAAAACCAAAGAUGGCACAACGGACAGCAACAAAGCGGAUGGUCUGGCUUACUCAGCGCUGCUGAAGAACGAGCUGCUAGGAGCGGGCAUCGAGAAAGUCCAGGACCCCCAGUCAGAAGACCGCCGUCUGCAGCCAUCUACCCCUGCCAAGAGAAGCCUUUUUAGUGUAAAAAUAUAUUCUGUAAGUGCUAAGAGGGCUCUGCCAGAAGAGGAUGGAAACACAGUCUCUCCAUAUUCUCUAUCACCUGUCAGUAGCAACAGCCAGAAACUGCUGCGGUCGCCGAGGAAACCUACGCGCAAAAUCUCUAAAAUUCCUUUCAAAGUCCUGGACGCUCCCGAGCUUCAGGACGACUUCUACCUCAACCUAGUGGACUGGUCCUCUCUGAACGUGCUCAGUGUGGGACUGGGUACCUGUGUCUACCUGUGGAGUGCCUGCACCAGCCAGGUGACACGUCUAUGUGACCUUUCUGUAGAAGGAGAUUCUGUAACGUCAGUGGGCUGGUCAGAGAGGGGUAACUUGGUGGCGGUGGGGACUCAUAAAGGCUAUGUACAGAUCUGGGAUGCAGCAGCAGGGAAGAAGCUCUCCGUACUAGAAGGGCACACAGCCAGAGUGGGUGCGUUGGCAUGGAAUGCGGACCAGCUGUCGUCUGGGAGCCGCGAUCGGGUGAUCCUGCAGCGGGACAUCCGAGCCCCGCCUCUCCAGUCAGAGCGCCGUCUGCAAGGACACAGACAGGAAGUGUGCGGGCUCAAGUGGAGCACAGACCACCAGCUGCUAGCCUCAGGUGGAAAUGACAACAAGCUACUUGUGUGGAACCACUCGAGCGUCCUCCCGGUGCAGCAGUACACGGAGCACUUGGCUGCAGUGAAGGCCAUCGCCUGGUCUCCCCACCAACACGGCCUGCUGGCCUCCGGAGGCGGCACUGCCGACCGCUGCAUUCGCUUCUGGAACACUUUGACCGGCCAGCCCUUACAAUGCACCGACACCGGCUCUCAGGUCUGCAACCUGGCCUGGUCCAAGCACACGAAUGAGCUGGUCAGCACACAUGGUUAUUCCCAGAACCAGAUCCUGGUGUGGAAGUAUCCCUCUCUCACUCAAGUGGCCAAACUUACUGGACAUUCCUACAGAGUACUCUACCUGGCCAUGUCCCCUGAUGGAGAGGCCAUUGUGACGGGAGCUGGAGAUGAAACACUUCGGUUCUGGAACGUCUUUAGCAAGAUGAGAUCCACUAAGGAAUCGGUGUCAGUGCUGAACCUCUUCACCAGGAUCCGGUAGUGAGCACACCUCUGUACUACGAGGGAAUAAAGCCUGGAAGGGGAUUUAUCUUUGCAUGUAUCAAGCUGUAAACGGGCCUCUUCUUUGAGUAUUCAUUCACCUCAGUAGUCUACAGAGGGCCCCCCUCGAUUGCCCUUAGUUAUUUAGCCAAGUUGUAGCUGGAGGUGUGAGGGAGCUGAACAGAUGCACAGCCUGGAGUGUCGAGGGCAGAGGAGAUACGUAUUUACAGUAUUCCACUUCCUCCUGAAUGACGGAGCCACUGCCUCCUCCCAACAGACCACUGAUGUCUGAUGACCAGGAGGACUUGGGGGGGCGUUUCUCUCCCCACGUGAUUAUGUUUUGUUUACAGACUGACGUUGUGCUUACCUGCCAAAUAUUGAGUUUGUCUUUUUGUUUGUCUUAUUUAUUUUAUUUUUUGUUUUUUUUAAAUAACAUUUUAAAAAUCUAUUCCUACUAGUGUGUUUGUUUCGAAGACUGGUAGAUUUUCCUUUUAUUUUUGUGUGUAACUGCGGUUUUUGGUCUGAUCUGUGGAGUAUGUUUGCAGCUCGUCUUUUUGUAUAUUACUGAGACAAUAAUGUUUCAUGUACACUGAUAACCGAUUACAUAUAGCCGUUUCGAGAGCUGUUAAAGGUUAACAAGUAUCGGACGAACGGGCCUGAUCUCCUUUUUUAAAAUCUCACGUUAAGUUAAUUUUAGUCUGUUGAUAUUAAGCAGUAUUGGCUCGUUGUUUCAUAAUCUCUCAUUUAAAAUCCUGUAAUGGCAUACGUAUGGCACAUCUUAGAAUAACAUAAUUUUUUGGUAACACAGUGGAUAAGAACAGUCGCUUACCAACGUAAUUCACAUGAAAAUGAUAAGAUAUUAAUGUGACUUGUGUUGAAGCUUUUUACUCAUGUUGUUUCCCUACUUUCUCAAAUGGAAAAUCAGGCAAAGGGAAGUUAAAAUGAAAACACUCUGGCUUAUCAGUGUAGUCUGUAACAGCAACUAAAGCACACAGUGAAAACAUUUGGGAUUAAAUCAGAGUGAAAUGCUGUUCUGUGCAGAGCUGCUGCUUUGUGCUGUGUCUGCUAACAUAUUCAAGCUCGGGGCACUUGUCUUUUGCUACUUCAGACCAUUUCUGCGUUGAGCAGUCAUGCAUUCUACUUUGUUUUAUAUCUGAAAAGAAGAUUUCAUAUCAUCUGCAACAUUUUCUCCCAGUUUUGAUUAUCCUUUUUCCUUGUUUGAGUGUUUGAGUCAACUAGCGUGCCACAUUUAACGAAUGCUAUUUAUUUGUGUUGAAGAAAGGUUCUUGUACAGAAACGGCUUUGUUUGUUUACUAAUGUUAUCUGAGGGAAGUCGAUGGGCAGUUUCACUGCUGGACUUUAAGGAAAUUUCUUUUAAUGCCACUUCAAAAUCAAGACAAUGCUGCCAACUUGAGUUACAGAAAGAAUGUUAAAAAGAAAAAUAUUUCUGUUCUGAGAGAUAAUCAACAAUUAAACGAUCAUAUCUUGUACCUUA